CAGAACUGGCCCGGCGAUGCUUAGAUUUACAAUUUUACUUAUUUUUGUAUUGGUUUUUAUAACAAUCUAACCGUUGUGCUUUAUGAAGAAAUACACAGUGUUAAAAGGUUAUAUCAGGAUAAUGUCAGAGCUUUGGCAACAAGGAUAAAGACGCGAUCAAACCCCGCAGCGGCUCAGACGUUGCGGUUGAGAAAAGAGGUCCGGUUGACUCGCUGCACAAAAGAACCACAGCCUGCAACCUUCAGCCAGAGCAGUGACGAGAGCAGUGUAUCAUCGCUUCUGUGGCUUGAUUCAUCUCCAGCACUGACUUCAUCGUCGAGAUGAAGUUAAAGGAGGAUAUGAACCCCCUGCUGCUGCAGGUGUUCCGCUCCGUGGUAUGGGUCUACUCUGUCAUCACCUUCAUACCCUGGUACUUCUUUUCCGGAGCUGGAACCAACCUGGAACGGGCUCGCAGGAUCAAGGCGCGCUCAGUUAGCAGACACCCAGCGGGGCCUUACAGGGCCGUCAACAGUCAAGAGAAGCUGGUGGCCUGGCUGCACCCCGGGGUGGACACCCUGGACAAAAUGUUUGAAUAUGCCGCAUGUCGGUUUGCAAAGAGAGACUGUCUGGGCACCAGGGAGGUGCUCAGUGAGGAGGAUGAGCUGCAGCCUAACGGCAAGGUUUUCAAGAAGGUUAUUCUUGGGAACUAUAACUGGCUGUCGUACGAGGAAGCCUACGAGGCAGCGAAGUGUUUCGGCAGCGGUCUGGCAGCGCUCGGCCAGAGGCCUCAGCGCAACAUCGCCAUCUUCUGCGAGACCAGAGCAGAGUGGAUCGUGGCAGCACAAGCCUGCUUCAUGUACAAUUUCCCACUUGUGACCCUGUAUGCCACUCUCGGACCCACGGCCAUUGCCCACGGCCUGAACGAGACAGAGAUCACACACAUCAUCACAAGCAAAGACCUGCUGCAGAGCCGUCUCAAGGCCAUACUGUGCGAUGUGCCGAGGCUGCAGUACAUCAUUGUAGUUGACAGUAAACCCACAAGCUGGCCAGACCUCCCCAGAGGCAUCAUGGUCUACAACAUGGACGCUGUGAGGGAGAUGGGAUCCAAGCCCGACAACAUCGCAGUAGACCGCAGACAGCCAGAGCCCUUCGACAUCGCAGUCAUCAUGUACACCAGCGGCUCCACGGGCAUCCCCAAGGGUGUCAUGAUCUCCCAUGGCAACAUCAUUGCUGGCAUCACUGGCAUGGCUGAGCGGAUCCCAAACCUCAAUGAAACAGACACCUAUAUUGGCUACCUGCCGCUGGCACACGUUUUAGAGCUCAGUGCUGAGCUGGUGUGCAUCUCUCACGGCUGCCGCAUCGGCUACUCCUCUCCUCAGACUCUAGCUGAUCAGUCUACAAAGAUAAAGAAGGGCAGUAAAGGUGAUACCAGUGUGCUGAAACCUACUCUCAUGGCUGCUGUACCAGAGAUCAUGGAUCGAAUCUACAAGAAUGUGAUGACCAAAGUGGAGGAGAUGAGCAGACUCCAGAAGACGCUCUUUGUGUUGGCCUACAAUUACAAGAUGGAGCAGAUCUCUAAGGGCUACAGCACACCCCUGUGUGACAGUCUGGUGUUCAAACGGGUGCGUGCGCUCUUGGGAGGAAACACACGAGUGCUGCUUUCUGGCGGAGCUCCGCUCUCAGCUGCCACACAGCGCUUCAUGAACAUCUGCCUGUGCUGCCCUGUGGGGCAGGGCUACGGCCUGACGGAGACCUGCGGAGCUGGCACCAUCAGCGAGAUUUGGGACUACAGCACAGGACGGGUUGGUGCUCCACUGGUUUGUUCAGAGAUCACGCUGAAGGACUGGGAGGAGGGUGGUUACUACAGCACAGACAAACCCAACCCACGCGGGGAGAUUUUGCUUGGCGGUCCCAAUGUGACGAUGGGUUACUACAAAAAUGAAAUAAAGAACCGUGAGGACUUUUUCGUGGAUGAGAACGGCCAGCGAUGGUUUUGCACAGGAGACAUCGGAGAGUUCGAACCAGAUGGAUGCCUUAAGAUCAUUGACCGUAAGAAGGACCUGGUGAAACUGCAGGCAGGCGAGUACGUCUCUCUAGGAAAAGUGGAGGCUGUUUUGAAAAACUGCCCACUCAUCGACAACAUCUGUGCCUAUGCCAACAGUGACCAAUCGUAUGUGAUCAGCUUCGUGGUGCCUAACCACAAGCAGCUAAUGGCGCUGGCCAAUCAGCUGCAGGUGAAGGGCACAUGGGAGGAGAUGUGCAACAACCUCCAGCUGGAGAAAGAGGUCCUCCGCAUCAUUACUGAGGCUGCUAUCUCAGCUAAAAUGGAACGGUUUGAGAUCCCCAAGAAGAUCCGUCUGAGCUCUGAGCCCUGGACACCAGAGACUGGGUUGGUCACUGACGCAUUCAAACUGAAACGCAAGGAGCUCAAAACACACUACCAGGAAGACAUUGAGAGGAUGUACGGCGGAAAAUAACACAUACACUCCAAACAACACAUAUAUACAUGCACACAUAAACAAGCUCAGAAGCCACUACCAGGAAUACUUGGAGAUACACUUCAGAUCCAAUUAACAAUCUCUCACACACACACACACACACACACACACACACAGACACACACACAUUACUGCAGACACAUAAAGCAACUCAUGCACCUCCUCCUCGGCUUUGAUCAAAAGAGGAAAAAAACUCCAGCUCAAUGCUCUCUGUCCACCAAAAGGCAGAAGUCUCACAUGGACAACUGAGCCAGCCGGACGUGCAAGGUGCGACACACUCACCAUUCCCUUUGAUGGAUUCAGCCCUUUGAGUUGCUAUGACAACCGAGGCGGCACAUGAAAUCGGACGUCCGCAUGACUCAAAGUGAAACAAAUGUCAAGCCAGACGUAUAUCUGGAUCAAUGUCAGUGCGCCCUCUUUGUCCCCCCCCCCCACCCCCCCUCUCCCGUCUCUCUGCUCUCUGGAGUUUUCCACCACUUCAGCAUGGUCGUGGACGUGUAGCGCAGAUACCUGGCAGGGACACGGGGUAGCAUGAGUCUGAUAGAGUGAUCCCUCAUGGGCUUUAAGUAACAUUCAGGUUAGAAUCUACGCAGGGAACUCAAUUAUCUUUUAUGAUUAUUUUUUACAUGUUGCUAUGUUUCCUUUAUGUUUGGUUUGUCAGCUUUGAAACCCAUUUCAUGAGGUUUUUUUUUUUUUAUACGUGUGAGGAAUCAGUGCUGCAAAGCCAUGAGAGAUUGAGCAUGAAGAUGUUAUAAUACUGUUUCUUAUUGUUAUUUUAUGGUUGUAAUAUUCUGAGGGUUGGGUUUUUUUUUUUUAAUUUCUGUAUCCUCCUGUUUUUUAUUGCCAAUUUGUUUUCGCUAAUUGUACUUUUUGGGAGCUUUGUUUACAAGCGCUUAUUUUUGUCUUUCUCUCCCUGUGUUCCAAAGUUUGUACAUUUGAGUGUGUAUUUGUUUACCGACUUGACUAGUUGAAGCUAUCCAGACUUUAGUCCCCUCUGCUCUCAGCCUUUGCAGCAGGGUCAGACAUCAAUUGUAAAAGGCAUCCAUUAAGACUAUUUCCAUCGCUGCUCUUUUAUUAUUAUCCAUAAUUCUGCCACCCCUGGAUGUCCCCCAACCUGUUUUCUUAUUGUUUUUUUUGUUGGAUUAUUGCAUGGAAAUAGAAUGAGAGUAGAAUUCAUAUUUAAAUCAGCAUCGCUGGAUUGUCAGAGCGGCAUGCAUUUUUAUGUGUAGUCGUCAUUGCGAUUGUUGUCGCAGGCUAACGCUCAUAUAAACUCACUGAGGUUAGGAUCUGCAGUAACAACCAAAUGAUCAGUGGAGUAGUCCAUUAGCAAUCCAUUACUUUUAAAAUAUUGCUGUAUUUCUCAUUUUCUUACAUAGCUCCUUAAGUCCCGAAAGGUAAUAAUUUUAUUUUGUCUACACAGGUUAUUAUUUCUUGCUGAUAAGAUAACUAACGUGAACCUGAGAUAAAAACUUGUUCCAACACCAUUAUAACUUCUUCCCACAGGAUAAUUACUUGUUCCCUUUGUUCCCACAAGAUAACAACUAGUUCCAACAAAAUAAUAACAACCUGUUCCCACAUGAUAAUUUGUUCCCACAAGAUAAAAACUUGUUCCCCUAUGACAACUUGUUCCCUCAAGAUAAUAACAACCUGCUUAUCUUGCAUGCACAAGAUAAUAACAUUUGAGCCCUUUUUGUUUUGUUUUGUUUUUAAAUCACCCUUAGGGACUUUAAGGGGGCUUUGUUGUUUCUUUUUUGGCCAAUAAUUGCAUAUUUGUGGAAACAUGUUGUACUGUAGCUGCCGCCAAAGAACGAGCGAGAGCUGCUGCUCACUUUGCAGCUGCUUAGCAGGCAGCUUUAAAGGCAGAGAAAAACAGCAUAGAUCAGCAUGUUUUCAGAUCAAACUCAGUGAAUUAAGGUUUAUUUUAACUAAACCAGAGCAGUUGGAACGGGGAAAAAACUAAGGCUAACAGAAACGGUUUUGUUGAGUUUUAUUAUGUUUCUAUCAAGAUCAAAUGAAGUGUGUUCUACCGUAAGUUAACAAGGCAGUUUAGCUAUUCUUAGUUCAGUGAAGCGGGAAACUUGGAUUGGUGUGCAGUUGUAUUUUUCGGUUUAAUAAGGAAAAUAGGUGUAAGAACUGGCGAUAAAGGAGUUCUCAAACUCGUGAGUGUGUCACAAUUUACGGCCCCAGUGACCACAAACAGUCCAAUGUCUUUUCUGUUCAUUGACAUACCAUAGCCCUGCCACAUCUGCCCCGUAUUCCUCCGGUCCUGACCAAUGCACCAUAUGGAUGUCUCCAAGGGAAAAUAGCACAGCGUAGAAAACUGGUUAAAUUAAUAAGCCUUUCAUUUGUGGCUCCCCCAGUUACUUUUUAGCGCAACUGUACAUAUUAUCCUAUUUUUGCCAUAGAUCUAGUUACUGUUACUUUUGUCUUUUUUACUUAUUAAUACAAAAUACAAAAUGAAUGUGCAAUAUUUAUACACAAAUUUUAAACCUAAGUUUGUAGGAAGGAAAGAAAACAAACUUACAACAGCCCCUCCAUAGUGUAUGAAUGUUUAGACCUGUUACUCAUACUGGAAAACCUUAACAAACACAAGCAUAGGUAAUACAGAAGAGAACGGUAGAGAGACACUGAUAGGAAAGUCUAGCUGUAGCCCAUGUGAAAAUACUGUACUAAACAAUACCAUGCUCUUUAAUAAGACUGUAAAGAGAUAAAGAUUUUAUAUUUGGCUUUUUAGAAAUUGCAUGAUAGAAAGUGUGCAACUGUACCAAAUCACUUGAAUAUACUGUAUAUUUGAGAGAGAGAGGAUGGCGCUCCAGUAAAACAGCUGAAGAAACUCCAGAUGAAUACACUCCUUAUUUAAUAGUGAGCAUAUAGCAUAAACUCAGCAGACCUCAUAGAGUGCAGAUUGCAGUUCUGUAUCUUCAAAUUGGUUUAUGUGUAUGACACUGUAUGUGCAAUGUAUAUAAAAAAAGGGUCUUUGAUUCUGUUAACUGCCAUUUGUUUGAACUCAUGCAUAACAUAAAUUAAUAACUGCAGGAUUUCAUAUAGGUGGUGAUAUUCUCUGAAUGGCUUCGGGCUCUCCUCUCUUUAAAAGGCAGGAGUUUCAGUCAGUGGUUCUUUUGUAAGGUGACAUAUUUUACCACAGCUGCCCCCUUAAAUGCUUUGCUUUGCUUGUACUGAAGGCAUUUAGCGUCAAUAAAGGUACAGUCAGGUACUCUUCUCUUAUUCAGAUCUCUACUAAAGGUUAUUUUAGCAUGUAAAAAAUAGACAGUACUAUCAUGACGAUGUGGGAAACUGCUCCUCCCUUCCAGUUUUUCAUUAUAACGGUUCUCUGGACAUUUUAGUGGAAAGUCAGUAGCUUUCUGUGCUGUUUGCUGCUUUUCCUCUGCCUGGCUAGAGGUGGCUAGUUGCCUUCUAACACACAUGAGCUGUCUUCAGGGGUUUUAAGAAUGUGAAGCACUCCCCUUGUUUCUUUAAGCAUACAACGCCGUUUCCUACUACGUCCAUUUGAGCGAACGGCAAAGAAGCGCUCCUGUUGUUUUCACUUGCAUUGUAAAUAUAUAACCUAUAUAGGUUGACAGGGAGGGGAUCAAUGAUUCAAGUUCAUUCAAACUACCAAUAAUUGUACAGAUGUAAAGACUCCUGUUGACAUAUUUAAUAAUCUUUGUUACUGACCAGUUUUUGGGGGUCUCCUCCUUGUUUUGUGUGGUUAAGUGGCCCUGUGAGCUGGGCUAUUGCAAGUGUCUCCUUCCUUAUUUAUUUGUGAUUUGGCCUUGAAAAUUAUGUAAUGAAAUAAAACAAAGUUUGUGUUGUAA